AUGCGGCAGACGGAGAAAGCCCUCUCGAAGGCCACCCGUGGUGAAUUGGCCUCUAGGCAGUUCAGGGCCUGGGGCGGGCGGGGAUCGACCGAACGGAGCGAGAAGCCCGGGGAGCGGGAUGGAGGCCGGGCUCACCUCCCCAGAGGCGCCUUGGCGAGCCGUUUCCUCACGGCCUUCCAGUCCAGGCAGCCCUGGCCUCGCCUCCAGAAACGCCUCCGGACCCUCAACGAGGAGUCCGACCAGGGGGAGAUUGGCAACUAUGAGUUAUUCGCUGCCGCGGUGGGCAACGUAGAAUGGCUGCGGUUCUGUCUGAACCGAAACACUGGGGAAAUCCCAGCGGACAGCAAGGGCUUCACCGCCAUCCACUUUGCAGCCCAGCGGGGCAAGCUUGCAUGCCUGCAGGUCUUGGUGGAGGAGUACAAGUUUCCUGUGAACCAACCCACCAACAAUGGCCAGACCCCCCUGCACCUAGUUGUCCACAGGGACAACAAGACCAUGGUCCUCCCCUGCAUUCACUAUCUGCUCAGGAAAAAGGCGGCCAUCAACGCUCAAACACAAAAUGGCUGCACUCCCCUGCAUGUGGCAGCCCGUGAGGGCCUGCUGGGCUGUUUGAAGGUCCUGGUAGAGAAUGGUGCCAAUGUCCAUGCCGAAGAUGCCACGGGCUGCAAACCCAUCGACUUAUGCAAAAUAUGGAACCACCGCACCUGUGCCCGGUUCUUGAAGGAUGCCAUGUGGAAACGGGACAAGAAGGACUUUGCCCGUGAGAUGCAGGACCUGAAGAGGCUCAAGGACAGGCUGAUCCUCUUGGAGCGGCAUUACCUGACUGAGUAUCAAAAAGAGUGUGAAGCCCUGAAUGAAGCCGAUUUCAAGAAGUGGCUCCGCUGCAAGCUGCUGCUGGCCAGCAAAACCAAGCAGGCGCCUGGUGCCUCACCUUCAGCCACUGCCCCUACAAAGACCCCCGAGUGCCCUGGGUCGCAUCCUUUCCUGGAGGCGCGCCUGCGACACAAGCCGCAGCCCACGCUGCAGCCCAUGGUAGCGCGAACAUCCCUGCUGUACAGCCUGCCCACAGUCACGCGGCCCAUGCUGUGGGACCAAUGCAGUAACCCUGCCAGAUUCCCCACCACCAAGACCAGCUACCUGCAGGGCAUCCGCCUGGGCGUGCAGCCAGACCCCACCCGGGAGCACGACUUAUGCAACUUCGUGAAGGUGAGCCCGGACAGGCAAGGAGGUGCGCUGCUGCACACAGUCACUGGCCGCCUGGUGGCACCCGUGCCCCAGCUGCCUUUUGAAGUAGUGGUCCGUGAGCUGUACCCCUCGCAGCAGCCAUAUAGGAUGAAGGUACCCCAGGGCUUCUACCCCGUCAGCUUGAGGGACGUGCCCCAGAAGUGGCGCCUGGGCAACAACACCUUCUGGACAGACACUGUGGCCAUGAACCUGCGUGAGACAUUUGAUGAAACCUUCCUGACAGCCCUGCGUGCUCAUCAAGGACUCCCCAUCCUGCCCUCCCCCUAA